CUCAAGCAGGAUUUGAACAAUUGACACUGGUGAUGCCCUGCAAUUUGUUCGUUCGAUCUCAAAGUUAUGCGGCUCUUGUGCCUGCUCGUGUUGAUCCCGCUCAUUGCGGCGGACUGCACGUGCGACAGCGAUAGCAAGGACAUCAACAAAAGCGAGGCCCUCAAGUACAAGCUAGUGGCCACCGCGUCCAUCCUCAUGGCAGGCGCGAUCGGGGUGUGCCUCCCUAUCCUGGGGAAGGCGAUCCCGGCUUUGCACCCCGAUAGAAGUAUCUUUUUCAUCAUCAAGGCCUUUGCAGCCGGGGUGAUACUGUCCACCGGGUUCAUACAUGUCCUCCCGGACGCCUUUGAGAAGUUGACCUCGCCGUGCCUGAGCGAGACCCCGUGGGGGAAUUUCCCGUUUGCAGGGUUCGUGGCCAUGCUGGCCGCCCUCGGGACAUUGAUGGUUGACACUAUGGCCACUUCUUAUUAUAAGAAGUUGCACGCCGACAAGGCCGGAUUGGACAAAAGCAUCGGAGAUGAGGAGAAGGCCAGAGAAAACCAAGGUCAUGUACACGUGCACGUGCACGCGCAUGCUUCUCAUGGCCACUCUCACGGUGCGAUAUCGCCGGACUCGGACUCAAAGCUCCUGCGACAUAAAGUGAUAUCUCAGGUGCUAGAGUUGGGGAUUGUGGUGCACUCAGUGAUCAUAGGGAUUUCACUGGGGGCUUCAGAGAGUCCAAAGACAAUAAGGCCUCUUGUUGCCGCCUUGUCCUUUCACCAAUUCUUUGAAGGCAUGGGUCUCGGUGGAUGCAUCAGUCAGGCCAAGUUCAAGACUCGGGCAGUCGUAAUCAUGGCACUGUUUUUCUCCCUCACAACCCCAGUUGGGAUUUUUACAGGGUUGGGAGUCACCAACGAGUAUGAUGACCACAGCCCAAACGCACUCAUUGUGGAGCCGAUUUACAUGGCCCUGGUCGAUCUUCUUGCCGCUGAUUUCAUGAGCCCUAAGUUGCAGAACAAUGGGAGGCUCCUGUUGGGGACCUACGUAGCUCUUCUUCUCGGUGCUGGUUGCAUGUCUCCCUUGGGCAAAUGGGCUUGA